AGUGGAAGGAGGCUGCAGGAUUUUUCAUUGGAGACUUGGGAGUUUUUCACAUAGACAGGGGUCAGCUGAAAGACAAAGAAAAAUGGCGAGGAGUUUGCCAGGAGAGCACAUUCUGUCUGUUGGCUUUGAAAAAAGAACAUUGCACAGUACCUUCCUUGCAUGUCCUCAUGCCUUUGUCCUCUUUUUUUUUUUUCCCCGAGAGGGGGGGGGGGGAGGAGGGCUAGUGAGAGUGAAGCUGAAGGGGAAAAAUAGAAGUGCUUGAGCUGUGCUUGAGAAUUUUCUGACAUUUUGCAGUGGCACUGGUCUGAACAUGUCUACAGAUGGGGCGUUUGGUGCAGGGAACACUGAUGCGCAGCAAAGCUUGCAGUCAUUUUGGCCAAGGGUCAUGGAAGAUAUUCGCAACCUUACAGUGAAAGAUUUCCGGGUCCAGGAACUUCCAUUGGCUCGCAUAAAGAAGAUAAUGAAGCUUGAUGAAGAUGUUAAGAUGAUCAGUGCAGAAGCUCCAGUUCUUUUUGCCAAAGCUGCUCAGAUUUUCAUAACAGAGUUGACACUGCGUGCCUGGAUUCACACAGAAGAUAAUAAAAGGAGAACAUUGCAGAGGAAUGACAUAGCCAUGGCAAUCACCAAGUUUGACCAGUUUGAUUUCCUCAUUGACAUUGUUCCUCGGGAUGAGUUAAAACCUCCAAAACGUCAGGAAGAAGUCCGGCAAGCAGUCACGCCAGCAGAACCCGUCCAGUACUACUUUACUCUGGCCCAGCAACCUGCAGCUGUGCAAGUACAAGGACAAACUGGUCAACAGAAUUCAUCCUCUACAACUACCCUGCAGCCUGGGCAGAUUAUAAUUGCUCAGCCUCAACAAGGGCAGAAUACGCCAGUAACGAUGCAAGUAGGAGAAGGACAGCAGGUCCAGAUUCUCCAGGCCCAACCACAGGGACAGUCGCAGCAGGGGCAAAAUGCAACAGGACAGACUAUGCAGGUUAUGCAGCAAAUAAUCACCAACACAGGAGAGAUCCAGCAGAUUCCAGUCCAGCUUAACACAGGACAGCUUCAGUACAUACGGCUUGCACAGCCUGUAUCUGGAACGCAGGUGGUGCAAGGACAACUCCAGACCUUGACAGCCAAUGCUCAGCAGAUUUCACAAGCAGAUCUCCAGCAAGGCCAGCAACAGUUCAGUCAGUUCACUGAUGGACAGCAAUUAUACCAGAUUCAGCAAGUUACCAUGCCAGCCGGACAGGACCUCUCACAGCCCUUGUUCAUCCAGUCAAGCGGCCAAACAUCUGAUGGAACAGCCACACAGGUCACCGGAGACUGAUCAGACAUACUGGGAAGGAAUGGGCAGUGGGAUACACAGCACAGGAGCACACAAACACCCAUACCUAAACAUGUACACAUGUGUUUCUCUCUCCAGAGACGCAAUGCACUAAUGGGGCUAGUGUUCGCCGGUCAUGCUGGAAUAUCAGUAUGAUUAUGGAAACUUCUAUCUGGUGCAUUGUCCAGAUGUUUUGUUUUUGAAACUUGUACACUAGUGUGCCCAGCAGAGAAGUGGUUUGUAUGUAAUCUUCAUUUAAAACUCCAUUUUACUGUUGGUGAUAGGAUUAUCCACGGACGAAAGACUGUCAAAUGCCCAAAUGCUCUUUCCCUGGAAUAUGUUUUCGAUAAAAUGACUGGUCAUAUUUCAGUGCAAUGAUUCAGUGGGGUUCCACAAGGUAUCCCUUUUGCAAGGGCUAAAGUUUUCACCUUAAUGAGUAGAUGAGUGGCAGGACAUCGCCUGCAUUUCAUCUGUACAUGAACCUAGCUGUUUAAGUUUUUCUUUUCGUUUACUCUCUAAAUCCUGCCUCUUUUCUGUGGCAAAAGGUGGUCCGUUAACCCUUUAGACUGCCAAAAACACAAGCAUCCAUGUUCCAGGGCUCUGUGAUCUAUUAAUAAACAUGAACAGGGGAUGAGGGUUUUUUUUUUGUUUUUUUUUAUAACUAUUGUGCUUGUCUGCGUUGAAUGCAUGUGAAAUCUCUGCACAGACAGCAAUAAAAUUUCUUUUUAGAUA